AGACUUAUAUUUAUUUUUUUAAAUGACAAAAUUGAUUUUAUUGAUGUUGUCAAAUUAAAUUUAAAUAAGAAAUUAGUUGUGGAAAAUGUAAACGCAGCGUUGUAAAAAUAGGUUGUAACCAAAAUGAUUUCUUCACAAUUUGGAUAUGCUCUUAUAUCGAAACCAAUGUUUAGCAAAACAUUUUUACGGAAUUUUAUGGUUGCCAUUAAAAGAUGCGAUAAAGAUAUGGAUAAAGAUAAUCCCAAGUUUACACUUUCUGAUUUAAAAGAAAUGUUCGAAAUUCAAAAACAGUACACUCUGGAAGAAUCGCCAAUAAAAGAUCCACUUUUUAUAUUCCAGUCGUGGUACCGGGACGCUGCUGAUUCUGUUGGUGUUUUAAAUCCAUCUAUCAUGUGUCUUGCUACUAGUUCCAAAACGGGAAUUCCAUCUUUAAGAUACAUGUUCUGUGAAUCAUUCGAUACAAAAGGAUUUAGAUUUUUUACUUAUAACACGACAAGAAAAGGUCAAGAUUUGAAAACAAAUCCUUAUGCAUCGUUAUGUUUUUAUUGGGCUCCUUUAUUAAGAUCUGUACGUGUAGAAGGACCGGUAAAUGUUCUUCCAUCUUCAGAAUCGGACGAAUUAUUUAAUCGUCGUGCUUAUGAUAUGCAAGUCAACAUACAUUGUUCAACUCAAUCGGACAGGAUACAAUCAUUUGACGUCUUAAACGAAAGAGAAUUAAUUGUUAGAAAUAAAUUUGAUCCAUCUAAAGUUCCAAGACCGGAAAAUUUUUGUUGGUAUAAUGUAAGUCCAAUUAUUUACGAUUUUUGGCAAUUGAGGCAAAAAAAGGAACGAAUUCGUUUUAGAAAAUCAAAACCGGAUGAGAAAAUUGAUGGGUUAACUCGUAAAGGCGAAAAGGAUUGGUUGUAUGAAUUUAUCGAACCUUAAAAAUUUGUUACCUUUAAAUAUGUAUAUUCAUUAUUUGUAUUUUUGUUUCAAUAUAUUGCUUAGAUUUAUA